UCGCCCACCACUCAGAAUGCGAGCCCCAGGGGUUGACUCAUCAAAGCAGGUUCGGUACUAAUAUACAAUCAAGUAUCUUUCUUGUAGCAACUACCAGUGCGAGAUUUUUACAACGUACUGGUGGAAAAGCAGUAGAAUUCUUCUAGACGAACGUGACCAUACCACCAUCAACCUAUUGUCCUGAGCCCGAGAUUAAAUUAUCCAUCAUCCCGCAACUAGUUUCGACCAUGGGCAAACGUUCAGCUACGGCGAUGAUGCGAAUCGCGAUCGCGGGUGCCGGAGGCUUUGCCUCUCUCCUGGUUCAAGAGUUAUCUCGCAGCGCCUACGCCAUUCUAGUUCUAUCAACAAGGGAACAUCCGGAGUUCGAAGAAAAUUACGACUGUCAAGUAGCCGUAGUUGACUACACUAGCCUCGAACGCCUUCAAUUUACCCUCCAGGGAAUCGACCUCGUGAUUUCCACGAUUUCAGGUGCCGAACAACUUAACCUGAUCGAUGCAGCAAGACGGGCUCGUGUGCGCUGCUUCGUGCCUUCGGAAUUCGAGGGUGCCAUCAGCCACAGACCAGCCGCUGGAACUGACCCUUUCGAUAACGGUUCUUCGACGGCCUUAGCGCAGCUCCAACACUGGUCUUCAUCAAGACAGUAUCCGAUGAAGUUCACCGUAUUUUCCUGCGGAAUAUUCUACGAACGAUUUGCUCCUGGUGGCCUUCAAGCCUACGACAUGGGGCUCACCUGUCGGAUUCGGAACCAGGGAGAUUACAUGGUGGAUGUAGGGCAAGGAACCGCCGAAGUACCAGAAACAAACCCACAGGGCCGUCCAGUGCAGAUUACAAUGACAUCCGCAGUCGAUGUAGCGCGGUUCGUAGCUGCAGCGGUCGAACUAGGAAUUGACGAGUGGCCGAAUGAGUAUAGAAUGCGUGGUACUCGUAUGACUGCUCAAAGACUUCACGAAAUUUGCAGCGAAGUCCGGGGCGUCGAAUUCCAAGUGGUAACAAGGCCAUACGACCAGAUACUACAAUGGCUUCGCUACUACGAGCAAGUCGGAGACGAAACUAGGUGGCACUCGAUGCAACACCUUCUUCAAACCGCAAACGGUCGCUAUACGUUCGGAGAUACCAACCUUAACAAUGAUGUACCAGUGCAACCUACGAAUUUUCGGCAGUGGCUAUACGAAACCUGGGGCCCGGCGGAGUAGGACUACCUAAGGUAAUCAUCGUUAAUAGUCCUACCAAGCAUCAAAAACUAGGUAGCCAUUACUUUUCUGUGACCGAAUAGCCUAAGAGGCCUUGUACAAUCGACACCACCGACUGGUUUGCUCGCUUUCUCAACUAUGACGGCUAUUCCACGGGGCUACGUGGCUUGUCUACCAAUGAUUCAGAAUGCAUCAAGGCGAAAUUGAAAAGCAAACACUGCUCCUCAUUGUUAUUCGGUGUUCGCCUGUCCCAAUCAUUGUUUAGCGUCUAUCAUUACAUAUUCGAGCUGUAUGCAUAUCAGCUUUUAGUGCUACCUAGUUAUCUAUUGACUACAUGCCUGCUGGCUAGGCAUCAUAGUUUAAAGAAUCAGAUAGCCGUCGCUCUUACAAGGACAAGGAAACACUUGUCCGAAGUUCCCGCUGUCGCACGCUCGGAGUGAUGUUACUUUAUUGCAGGAGAUCUCGUGAGACAGUAU